CUGCAGCAGUGAGUGCGCGCGUGCGCGCGCGCGUGUAUGUUUGAGCAGCCACCGAACGAGCUCCGCUCUCUAAUCUGACGGUUCGGUUUAAGCCGCCUAUUAGCCCGCUCAGUGUUGAUUAGCCCGGCUCUGUUUAGUCCGGCACGACCCACUACGCCAGCAUGUCGUCUAGCCCGCAGGACCAGAACCAGGAGCCGAACCAGGAUCCGAAAGAGGAGAUGAAGGAGCAGAAAGAGGAGGUGAAGGAGGAGGUGAAAGAGGAAAAACAGGAGGAGACGAGAGAGGAGAAAAAGGAGGAGAAGGAAGAGAAAAAGGAGGAGAAGGAGGAGGAGAAGAAGGAGAAGAAGGAGGAGAAGGAGGAGGAGAAGAAGGAGGACAAGGAGGAGGAGAAGAAGGGGGAGACCAAGGAGGAGAAGGAGGAGAAGAGGGAGGAGAAGGGGUCCUGGAAGGAUUCUUUCUACAACCCGAGGACCGGAGAGCUCCUGGGCCGGACCGCCAGCAGCUGGGGUCUCAUCCUCCUCUUCUACCUCGUCUUCUAUGGGUUUCUGGCGGGAAUGUUCACGCUCACCAUGUGGGUGAUGUUACAGACUCUGGACGACAACGUCCCCCGCUAUCAGGACCGAGUGGCCAAUCCAGGUUUGGUGAUUCGUCCUCAUGCAGCGGAAAUCUCCUUUAACCGCAGUGACCCAGCAAACUACAACCAGUACACCCAACAACUGCACGACCUCCUGCAGAAUUAUAACGACAGUCGUCAGGAGGGGAACGACUUGUGUCUGGUGGGUGAAUACACUGAACAGGACGACGAGCCAAUAAAGAGAGUCUGUCAGUUUAAACGCAGCACGCUACGUCAGUGCUCCGGUCUGCCCGACACUGGCUUUGGAUAUGCUGAGGGGAAACCGUGCAUCAUCAUCAAGAUGAACCGGGUUAUUGGACUGAAACCACGAGGAGACCCCUACAUCAACUGUACUGCCAAGAGAGACAGCCCGUUACAGAUGCAGUAUUUCCCGCCAGAAGGUCGUCUGGAUAAAAUGUUUUUCCCGUACUACGGCAAGAGAGCUCAUGCGGGGUACGUGCAGCCGGUGGUUGCUGUGCAGCUCUUGUUGACAAAAGAAGAUUAUAAUGUGGAGCAGACGAUCGAGUGUAAAGUCGAAGGCUCAGACCUGCGCAAUGACGACGACCGGGACAAGUUCAUGGGUCGUGUCACUUUCCGGGUCAAAGUGUCAGAAUAACCGGAUUCCCUGUCAGUCGCCAUGGAAACCACAAACUGGGUUCAAACUGGAAACUGGGUCUCCAGUUCUGGACACUUUGUAAUCCAGACCUGAUCUGAUCUGAAUGUCUGAAUUUGGUUUUCCCUGUUAGCACUGUUGUGAGAAAAACCAGAUCUGGACCACUGAGAGAUAAUAUGAACAACCCUUUAGACCUGACCCUGAUCCUGUCUUGAUAUGGUCCAGACCUGGACCUAGAUUUGUCUUCAUCUGGUCCAACCCUUAUCAUAGUUCUGUCCUGAUCUGGCUCAAACAUGUUUAUAGUUCUUUCCUGUUCUGGUUUCAGACCAGCUUAACCCCGAUCCUUGUGCAUAUGUUUGACUUGGUGGUCUAGACUUGCCCCUCCAACAGAAAGUAGAGUGACUCUGGUGGACCCUAUUCAGACAGCUGGAGCAGAUCAGGCCUGACUGAAGCAUGUGAGCCAGCUGCACACUGAUGUGUUGUUUUAACUGUCUGUAUAAUAGUGAUGUAAUGAACCGAUGAUCCCAGCAGAGUGACGUCAUGAUGACCACUGUAAAACUUUGCUGUCCUCCACCCGACUCCACCCGACUCCUCACUGCCACAGCAGCUGAUGCUACCAAUUUAUAAAGUUUUUUAAUGUCAGUUUGAUCAUUUUCUGCUUCAGGGACGGAGACAAAACAGAAUUAGUCAAACUUCCAUCCAGUAGUGUCAGCUGCAGCAGCAGGGUGGUGUGACAGUAAUCCAUUACUUUUUACUGAUUACAAUUUAUACAACAACUGCCAAAAUAAAAUGUGUUGUGUAAGCACGAAAUUUUCAUAGAUAAUAUUUGAAUUUUAGUUGAAGAAUCCUUGUUUAAAGGUGUGUCAUGUGGAGCAGUUGUUAUGAGUCAUGACGGUGAUCGCGCCCUCCACAAGAUUUAAUCACACCUUGAAGCACAAUUCUGUAUCGGUGCUCCACCUGCUGGGACCCUCAUCCACCAUCAGCCCCAUCUGUCUGUCUGUAUGUCAGAAGUCAGAGAAGAAGAAAGUCAAGUUCAGGUUCCCAUUCACCUUCUGAUGUCACUUCCUGUUGUAUUCUCAACAUUUUAAAUAUAUUUUAUGACUUUGCUUCCAGUCUGUUAUCCUAACUGUACGAACUGCUGAACAGUGUUUGCACGUGUGACUUUGAGUGAUUCCAAUGACUAUUGUUGUUUGUUAUUAUUCAGAAGAUGACAUCAUCAGCAGAGAACCAAUCAGAUUCCUCAUCAUGUCUCAGUGAAGUGUUUCUAUCCUGAAUGACAGAGACUGAUUGUGGUUUUAUUAUUUAGCACUGUCAGGAAACCAGAGGACGUAUCAACACUGCUGCAGACAAACAAACCAUCCAGCAAUGUCAUUAUUUAAUAAAGAAUAUCUGUUUUCAUCACUUUGA